AUGGCAGCCGUUUCAGCGCCCACUCCUAAGCUGGAUCGCUAUAUUGUCGUCCACGUCGCAACCACCUGCGAUGAACAUGGAGUCUACGUCACUAAGGAUUCAGCGGAGGUGAUUGAGUUGGGUUGGAUUUUGUUGGAUACCAAGACGUGCGAGGAGUUGCACCACGAAAGUGUUCUCGUCAAACCCGUCAACACCCCCAUUACGCCUCUCUGCACGAGCCUUACAACUCUGACAUGGGAGCACGUCCGCUCGGCAGGUACUUUCCGCGACGCCAUCAACCGCUUUGACGCCUUCGCCCAGGAACAUCUCAUCAGCAAGAACUUGGAAUUCGCCUUUGUGACACUGGAUUCGUGGGACCUUCGCGUGCAACUGCCCCGUGAGGCCCGCGACAAGGCGGUGGUGCUGCCCCCGUAUCUCCAGCACUCCCGGACGUUUGACCUGCGCACCGAGUAUCAGAGAUGGCAGACUCAUCACCCCGAGUCCCUGCCUUUCGGCCCCAGCUCCCUCUCCAACAUCUGCGCCGCCCUCGAAGUCGAACCCGUCCAGUCCUCCGCCCCCAUUAAGCACAACCUCCCCUUCCACCUGCAGGCCUUGGCCCCCGCCUCCCCCCGACGCGCCAUGGACGAGGCCAUCACCCUGGCCCGCGUUCUCCGCGGACUCAUCCGCAAAUCUCAGCCCCCGCACGAGCACCCCGAGAUCCUCACCCGGCCGAUGGAUGCCCGCGCCGACGUUCGUGCCUUCUUGACGGAGCGCAGCAAGGUCCUCCAUCUGAGUGGACUCCCCCACGAUACCACGCAAUCGGAGCUGGAGAGCUGGUUCACCCAGUUCGGUGGUCGCCCCAUCGCCUUCUGGACUCUCCGCACGCCGGACCAGCACAAACCGACCGGCACGGGCUUUGCUGUCUUUUCAUCGCACGAAGAGGCUGCCGAGAGUCUCUGCAUGAAUGGUCGUGCUCUGAACGAAAAGGCCAUCGAGGUCUCUCCCUCCUCCAGCCGUGUUCUGGACCGUGCGGCCGAGAUCCUGACCCCGUUCCCCCCGUCGAAGAACCGCCCCCGACCGGGCGACUGGACUUGCCCCUCGUGUGGCUUCUCCAACUUCCAGCGUCGCACCGCUUGCUUCCGCUGCUCGUUCCCUGCUAUGGCGGCCAACCCCGACCCGAUGGGAUACGGCGCGUAUGGCUACGGUCCUCCGUCGAUGAUGCCUCCCCACAUGAAUCACGGUCACGGCAUGGGCCACCCGCGAGGCAUGGGUGGCAACGGCGGCGUUGUUCCCUUCCGGGCAGGAGACUGGAAGUGUGGCGGGGACGGCUGUGGCUAUCACAACUUCGCCAAGAACAUCAACUGCCUGCGCUGCGGCGGCCCCCGGUCCGGGGCCGCGGUGGUCGCCGAUUCGGCCUUCCCGUCGCCGAUGGACCCGCCAUCGACGUUCAGCAUGGGGCCCAACUCCAUGGCCAGCACUCCGGCACCCGGCCCCUUCACCUCCGCUGCGGGCGGUUUCGGCGGCUUCAACAACCAGCAGUUCGGCGGGCCUAGCAGCUACGCCCUGCCAUCGGCGGCCGGAUUGGGGAGCGGCGGCCCGGGUGCUGCUUACCCCCAGAUGGGUGGUCAGAUGAAUGCUGGCUACGGCUCGACCAACGCCUCGCACUCGGCUGCCUCGUUCGCCAACCCCGCCACGCAGGCCGCGUUCACCGGUGCCGACCAUGCCUCGUCGACCAGUGCCUCGAAUGGUGCCUUCUACGGGAAUGACGGCACGAGCGAUCCGUUUGCGUUCCUGUCCACCGGUCUGGGCGGGUUGACGGUGGCCGACGAUGGCCAUUCCCGCCGCAACGGCGCUGGCGCGAACAAGUCUCCUGCGUAA